UAAUAAAUUCAAUAUACUUAGGAACACUGUAGUUUUAUUUGUAACUGAACACGAGAUUUUACACAACCCUUAUACAACUUAUCCUAGAUACAAAAUGUAUAUGUGCGAAGUGAGGGGAUUACGGAGGACGACUGGAUCGUUCACCCGUCGUCGCAACACGCGUGCAGUAAAUGCUUUGUUGACAUUACUGUGUCCCUGCAAUACAUGUAGUAAAAAAAGAAAUAAAACCUACUACAAAGCAAUGUCGCAAUAUGCGACAUAAUGCUUAACGUUGAGUGUUCCAACUACAGCAACGCUUCGCACAAUUGAGCACUCUCAAAAGUGAUGCUUUCGUGUGAUGCGUGCAGUGGUACCAACUUAGAGACAGAAAAUUAACAAGUGUUUUUUCUUUAAGUUGGAAUUGAUCGAAAUGUUUUAUUUAUAUGUUAUCGUAAGUAAUAUAAUUUAUUGUUGAAAAAUUAUUAAAGCUUUCGUUUCAUUAAAUAGUUUUUUUAAACAAUCAAAGUUAAUUCAAACUGUUAAAAAAAUAAAUAUAUGUAUGGUUGAAGGUACAAACAUUGACUUUUUUUUUCAACACUGAACUUAGCGCACUCUGCUGGUGCAUUUGAAAACUAAUUCACGUUCCAAUUAAGCAUCAGCAUAAUUCGGCAUUGUGCGGAAAGCAACCAUCUACUCCUUACUUCUCUAACACCUCCCGAUUUUUAAAAAUCGGAUCUGGCAACACUGAUCAUAUAUUUCAAGUUAAAUGCCAGUUUUACGAAAUUAUGCGAAAAUAGAUUUUAUUCUCAAUUUUAUUUAGGAUAUCUAAACAGGCACGACCAAAAUGUUAUUAAAAACAGUGAUAAUAAAAUGCCUCGAUCUCUUGCUUGGAUUCAAACGCCAGUAAACGAAAAAUGUAAAAUCCUACAAUGAGUUCCUCAGCGGUAGUUUGUCGUGAAGUUUUUGAUGAAAACAGCCAGCCUUCUGCAGAAGAAAUCUCAGAAUAUGCACAGCAAUUGGGCAUUGAUCCAGAGAGCGAGAGCCAUCUCCUACCACUCGCUCGUGAUGGCCUCAUGCAAGCAUUACCACCUCCAUGGAAGGCAUAUUAUGAUGAAAAAAUUCAAACACACUACUACUACAAUGAGGAGACUAAAAAGACUCAGUGGGAACAUCCUUUAGAUAAUGUUUAUAGAGAGCUGGUGAAACGUGCCCGUGAUGCUUCCAUGCAGGAUGAUACUUGUGCUUCUGUACAGGAACUGCUUACAUCAGAAGAAAACACCAAGAAUCUCGAACGCGUUGAGACCAAAGUAGAGAGUGAUGAUGACGAUCUCACAACCGACAGCGAAAAUCAAACUGAUAUCAAAGAAAAUGUAUCUGGAACCUUAACAUCUAGCCUAAAGCGCCUAAAUGCCACGAGUAGAUCACCUCUAGCAUCUCUAGGAAGGCUUGAUAAAAAAUUAAGUGAUAUACGAAUAUCACCUUUAAGGCGUAGUGUAGACAGUCCAUCAACAACCAAACCAAAUCUGCUUAGAAAUAUCUCGGACCGUGAUUUGUUGAGUCGUCCCACAUUUGAAAGGCCAAAGCAAUUAUUUAAGCAGCAUUCUGAAAUCAUAGACUUGAAGAUGCAUGUAUUGAACAGCCCUGAAGAAGAGAACUUCAGUCCACUAUUGUCUGCUGCGAAAGUAGAUAAAGGACUACCACUUACUGGUAAAGGAUGUAUGUUUCUUAAGUUGAGUAAAUCAGAUCUGCCUAGCCCUGACACUGAGAAAUCGAAUCCACUGGAGUCGUUGACUAAGAGCGAUCCACCUAAAGGGAUACUGCGGGAGAAGGUUUCAGACACAAUGCAGAGGAAGGCCGAGAAUAUGAUUAUUGGAAGACAGAAACAGGCUACCAGUUUUGAAGAAGAUCGCAAGAGUGUCAGAUUUAAGUUAGAGAACUUACCAGAGCCAACAAUGAGUCCCGGCUCGAACAGUUCGUCCGAACAGAACGAUGGUCAAAGUUCAAUCAUAAGUGCCACACCAGCUGUCUCAUCACCCAUUACACCGUCUUCUCCUGCUAUUCUCAAUCCGAUUGCUAACAUUUCUUCUAUCAAACCUAUUAAUCCAACUUUUAACCCCGUGCCUUCAAUAUUGGCAAUGAAGCCAUUAUCUCCUAUUCCAGUUGCUUCCAAUUCUGUGCCUUCUGUUUCAACGAUGUAUCCUCCGAUAGUGCUUUCGCCUUUAGCUUCUAGGCCUCCUUUGCCACCACGUCCAGCUAGUGAUAGUCCAAGAGAAGUUAAAAGCGCAUCUCUUUCGGAUAAAGAUUCAUUUGAAAGUGAAAAUCGUGGUAUUUCACCUAAGCGGCGUGUACUCAAGCCACCAGUUGGCGUUUAUAUAAAACCAGAUUUAUUCCAAAAGACGUUCCAAAAAAUUUCUGAUCUAGUUCGACCUAGUGAUAUCGAACCUACGCCGAUGACCCUUGAAGAACCGACAUUGGAGAAAGAAGCAAGGCCAAGAUCUCCUAUGAUCCCACAAAAGAGUAAAAUAUCUAUAAAUCUAAUGGAGAGUAUUGAAUCAGAGACAUCAAUUGAUUCCCCAGAUAGAGAAUUUGCUAAUUUAGAUCUCAAUGAUCUUGAUGAUUCCAAUGACCUUCCAAAAGAUGAAAGUAAUAAAACAAAUCAAACAGCAGAUGCACAAGAAAAGCUAAGUUCAAAAGAUAUCGAACUGACCGAAAAUUCAGAGAAAAUAUCAACACAUUCCAAAGAAUCGAUUUGUACGCAAAAUAAAUCGCGAUUGGAUAACGUCACGAUACCUCAAAUUAUAGUUCCUAAUUUAGAUAUUAUUUCCAAACAGAGUAAAGUAGUGCAUUCCGAUUCAGAUGAUUCCAAAAAAUCCUUGGAUGAGGAGGCAAAAACAAGAUCUGUUAGUGUGGAAGUACAUAAAGUUCCUCAGUUAAAGGUAUCCCCAACGCCAAGUUAUGGUUCGGAUAUAAGAUCUCCAAGAGAAUUUAAUAAACAGUGGAGCCCUUUAUCAACAUUUAAGCCUUUAAAUAAAGCCGUGAUAGCCCCCCAAAUAAAGCCUUCAGAUUCUGCUUCAAGCUUAGGAAAGAAUUUGGCAAGUCCUAGACUAGAUGGAGUGAUAUUGUCACAGGGAAAAUCUACAGAUAAUGUUGUAGUCGUAUACCAGUUUGAAACUGCAGAUGAUUCGGCUACAAAGACUAUUAAAUCUCCUCUAAUACCUGACACAGGCAUUAGAGAUAUGUUUGACAGAUCUAAAGGAGACGAAAGAAGAAGACUGGACCUGUCACUGCAGAAAGAGUUAGAAAGUAUGAGAAUGGAAUGGUCUACUAAAGAAAGAAGAAUGAGAGCAGAACUUCAGGAUGAAAUAAGAGAUUCAGAAGAGAGAUUUUUGAUAGAGAAGAGGGUAAGACUGACGGACCUGAAUGAACGCCACAGAAAAGAAUAUGAAGAGGCGUUACAAACUGCGGAGCGUAACCACGUUCAAGCGAUACAGAAUUUGGAAAAAGAUUACGCGGAGAAAUAUUGUCGUGAAGCGGAAUCUUUAGCGAAGCAGCACGAAGAAAAGAUGAAGCGAUUGGAAGAAGAAUACAAGGCGAGACUUUUGGAGCAACAACAGGAGUUGGAAUUUGAAAACGAUCGUAACCUAGCCGAUGUAAGGGAUCAACUUCUGACUGCCCUAAACAGAGAAAGAGCAAGAAUGAUAGAAGAUAACAGAGCAACUAUUGAGACUUUGCGUGAAGAGCACACAGCUAGAGUCACUGAUAUGAGACACGAUUAUCGAGCAGAGGUAGAACGGCUUCGUACUCAACACGCGUGCCAUUUGGAAGAGUUACGCGCUCGGUUGGCAAACGAAAGGGCUGCUUCGGGAAGACAACAAGACGAGAGAGCUCUUGCCGAGAAAUAUAGGUGUCUAAAGGAGAAAUAUGCCAGGCUAAAGCAUGACGUCAAGAUGUCUAUAGAACGUCGUAACAAGAGACGGGAAAUGAGUAUGACCACCGGAUCGGAAACGGAGAAGUCAAACUCUCAUAAAGCAACACAGGAAAGAUGUAAAGAGCUGAACGAGCGUUCAUCUAGCGUGGCCGCUGAGACUGAUCCGUGCAGCGCUCGCGGCAACAACAACGCGCCCGGCAAGUACAACGACAACGAGACCUCGCAAUCCGAACACAAGUCUGUCAACAACAACCACAACAAUUGGACGACGACCAACAAUAAGGUACCAUCAACGGACACAUCACUGGUGUCGACUGCGAAACAUCAACGUCCUCAUAGACAUACAGCUGUCGCGUUUAGGGAACCGCCGCGUCGUAGGCGCGACAGAGAUAGAGAUACCGGUGCUACCACAGAUUGCCAAGAUUCGUCUGACGCAACGACGGCAGAUGAAAAACCAAAAGAAGCUGUUAAUGGCCACGGGCGUCGCAGGUGCUUCACAAGGCUAAAAUCCGCUUCUACAUCUCGUCUCAAUUAUUCACCCAAGCGAGGUGAAGGUUGGUCCAGUCCAUUGGAAUCGUUAAGACAGCAGCUUCGCAAGUUGGACGACCUCGAAGACCAGUUCCCAGAUCUCGCGUGCCAACCUUCCUAUAGUCUCAGAUACCCUUUUGGUGAAAUUGGUUCCGUAGCACCCGCAGACGCACCAGAAUUAGAGUUUGUUCGUCAUCGCGCCCUGGUAGAGAGAGAAGGCAUGAGAAGAGCCCGUGCUGUGCUCAAAAGGAGACGAGCCGCCCUUAGGGAAACUAGGGCUUCGCUUUCCCCCCAUAGGGCUCCAUCGGAAGCGACGACCAGUGACGCGUCCUCCGGUAGCGAAGCAGCUGCGGAAGUUGAGGCGGGAGGUGCUGUAUUAAGAUCUCUUCGUGCUUUACACGCAGACGUUCGCGAUAUAUGGAGGGCAUUAGAUGCUAGGAGACCACAUACAGCUUCGCCAGAAACAAGUUCGUGUAACGCAGCAACAACAUCGCAACCACGAAUGACAUUAUCAGCUCCUGAUCCAAUAACGCAAGAUAAUUCCGACGGAGGCGUCGCGGAAAGAGCUAGGGGACUACGCGCCUGGCUCCAAACUACUCCUUAACAAACGAAAAAACGGCCGUAAGAAAAAUAUAGAUGAAACUCGUAUCGUAGAUGAGGUAGAUAUAGUCUACAAUUCUAAAUAAUUAUGCUAGUCAUUCAUUUUAAAAAUAGCAGUCUUGAAAAGAUGGCAAAUGAUUAAUGAUAAACAACGUAGCUCACGAUUAAUGAUAUAUUGUAUCGCUAGUUAUGUUUCUAUUAAUGAUUGACUUACAUGCCAAUCAUAUUACUAAAUAGCUGGUGAGAAAAAAGGUUCUGCGUAAAUAUGCAUAAAGUAAUUUUAAAUUAAACGGUUAAACCGACGUUAAAAAACCAUACUUGGAUGGAUAUUAAUCAAUUUGAAGGCCAAAUUUGCUAAUGGUGCGAAAAGUAUAAGAAGUGGAAGACUGAACGCACAAAUUAAUGUCGUUUUUAAGUGAGUUGUUUUAAUAAGUGUGUGUUAUAAAAGGACUACGUAGUCCUUAUUAUCACUUAGUUAACAAUGAAUUUCAAAUGAAUUUUAUUGUAAUAACAAUAAUAUAUUGCUAUUAAAUAGUAAUAUAAAACAAAAUGGUUUUUCUCUAGUCAAUUUAGAUUUUAUUGCUAUAUGAUUUUGAAGAUAUAUAAUGAUUAUAAUAUACAACAAAAAGGAAAAAGAAAACUAUUUAUCUGAAGUUAUUGCAGUAAUUUUUUUCGCAGAGAAACAUAGGCAAACUUAAAUUCUGCAUUUCAGAUUAGAAAAAUUCUUAAAGGUCGUGUUUGUUUUAAAAAUAUAUGAAAAAAAAACUUUUUGUACUUACUCAAUGUACAGUCUAGAAAAAUGGCGGUCUACCACUUUUAACGAUUAUCGUUUGAGGUCUAACACUAAAACUUCUUACUGUUAUAUUAUAAAUCUGAAAAUGUGUACUUUAUAUCCUUCACGUGGAAUUAUCAAUUCAUCUAAAUCUAGGUAUAAAUUAUCUGCGAGCUAAUUUCUAACCAAACAGUUAGUCAGCACACUCUGGAACUCACCAAGCGCGUGACGGGGAAAAGUGGUAUUCCAAAGCCAGUUGUUACUCAUAAAAAAGUGCUCAUAAGAAAUUAUAUGUACCAUGGAGGUUAGAGAUAAGGAGAACGAUCGCUGUAGAAAAUAGUGUCCCAGAAAUAUGGACAAAAUAAGUGAGGCGCUGCGAUCGCUAAGUUGUCUGAAUAAAAGCGGGCUAAUUUGAAAUGACCAAUGCCGCGGAGAAAAUCUGUACAAAAUUCAACUAACUUCAUCUACUUGUACUCAUAAACAGCUAACUUCACAGAUACUACUUACCGACGGCAGCGCGGCUGAUGGCUGAAAAAUUAACAAUAAAUUCUACACAUUUUCAGGGCAGGCGGGCUAAUGCUUUAGUACGUAGCGAUCGUUAUCCUUAUCUCUAACCUCCAUGAUAUGUAGAGUACUUCAAACACGAACUUUGACAGAUUCGUAUUCGUAUCGCCAACCUCGGUUUCUAUGAAAAC